CAAUUGAUCCUCCGGUACGUGUUACGUGAUAUUCGCGCAUAGUUGCGCUUUCGUGCGAUUCCCUAUCACACCACGUCGCAUUCACGCUGGAGGGAUGCCAGCUUCAAGGUUGCUGGAGCUCGAAUUGGUUUAACCAAAUCAAAGAUGAUUCAAGUGCCAGACGGCAUUGACGGGGCCUGGCGGACAUCCACCGCUGGGUUACGGGUCGCGCGCAGGCUCCAAAAACAAAAAAGUCUAGUGACGGGGGGGCCUAGCACCACUGUCGCAUGACAACAAGUGGUGAUCCAGGAUCCCCUGUCAAGAGACUACACGCCAUAAGGCUGAAUGCAAAGGCCAGUGAACAGAUGCCCCCACCCUCGCCCCAGCCCCCUCCUCUCACCAGCGGGGCCUCAUGGCACCAAGCGUUCAAUGUCCGCAAGACGGACCGAGUGAACUUGAAUUUCCGACGGACGCCUCUGUAAGUCAGUCAGGCACCGCCGCAAGACCUAGUCAAAUCGUUUAGAACCCUUGCAGAUUCAAGCGAAGAGGAGAAGGAGGAGAAGAGCAAAGGAAGGGAAGGGUUGGAGGCCGCCAGGAGGUCUGCAUGUCUUGCACAAGGACUCUCGUAGCGGCCUUCACGAAUGCUGCAAAGGGUGGGCGCUCAUGUGCACAGAAGUCUCAGAAGCCCUGUACAACAGACUACAGACAUGCUGGGGGAAAAGACCCACGCAGCAGCCUCCAGGCUGUGGCUUGAAUGGCAACCAGAUGCUGCCGCACAGCCACUGAAAGUGGUGCAAAGUGGCACAAGCCAUGCACAGAAGUCUCAAAAGCCGUCUAUAACAGACUACAGACAUGCUGGGGGAGAGGACCCACGCAGCAGCCUCAUGCUGGGGGAGAGGACCCGUGCUGGGGGAGAGGACAUGCUGGGGGAGAGGAUCCAUGCUGGGGGAGAGGACCCGUCUAUAACAGACUACAGUCAUGCAUGCUGUGGCUCGAAUGGCAACCAGAUGCUGCUGGACAGCCACCGAGAGUGGUGCAAAAUCUCAGAAGCCAUGUAAAAUCUCAGAAGCCUCAGGAGGAGGAGGAGGAGGAGGAGGAGGAGGGUGAGGAGGAGGAGGAGGAGGAGGAGCAGGAGCGGAUCGAGCGCUCAGGGCCAACGGAUCGAGCGCUCACUGAGAGGGUGUGCAAACAUAGACAUUACACAAUUUUUGCAGGUCCACGGACGCAAGCACGCAGAGGCGCUGGUCGAGCAACGGGAGGGGAGCUGCAGAGGCGAACUGCGGCACGAGGGUUACACGUCAGUCGGAAGAAGCAGGUAGAAACAUGAGGUAGGAAGGCGACGAUGGCUAUGCUGACGAAGGAAUAGAGAGGAGAGGCAUCGUCAAUAAUCGAUGGUUAGUCAGCACACACAUGGGGCGGAAAAUCGCACGACUAGACGUGCAGCGCAAAGUAGUCCUUGAUAUUAUCAUCCAAGAGGGCAACCACCUUCAGAUUGAUCUCUUUGUCCUUUGCAUUCGUGACAAGGAUGUCGUCAUUGGAAAGUGUAGCAAUUGCUUCCUGCGUGCCAACUGAAUGCCAGAACUUAAGGACUUGAGCCCUACUCGCAUUGUCCCUCCCGCUUGCCGAGUGUAUACCGUAGACCUGCACUCGGAGACAAUCCUCGCUAGCUGGCACUAGGCCAUCUUCAGUCGGCGUCUUGGUGGAAAUCCAGCACUCCACAUUUGGCCAAAAUCGCUGGUUGUAGAUCCGCUCGUACAAAACUAUUACCUUGCACCCAAGGAAGAUAAAAGGCAAUAUGUUCUCCAAAAUCAUCCUGAACUCCUGCUCCUCCUCAUCGGUGCGUCCACCACCGUGCCAUUGAGGUGCACAUACCCAAUCGAUCCAUAAGAACUUGAUCGAAGGGUUGUUUUCCAGGACCUCCUGCAAUUUACGCAUUUUAACGCACUCUGGAUCGAAAUGCUCGGGCACGGGCCAACGAUGGGAAACGGCUGCCAUCUCACCGGCAAACUGCCCGGAUAAAACGCCAUCGAGAGUCAUGUGCUUUUUGACCAGCAUUCCUGAAUCACGACACUCCUGAUGACGUGGGAGGGGCGAGUCCGCCGGCCUACGCAUGACUUCGUCCACUGGGAUGAACCAGAAGUCCAUGCUCUCAAGAAGACCAGCGGGGCCAUCCUCUGUCUCCUCGGCAGAGUUCUCUGUCUCCUCGGCAGAAUCAUUGGACUCAUCGGCGGGCGAGGCAUCUGGUUUAUACUUUCCAAGCCGUCGCCUUGUCAAGCAUACCAGUGCACACAUCGUGCCACAACCCAGGAGGGUGCUGAUAACGAUGAUGAUGAUGAUGAUGAUGAUGAUGAUGAUGAUGAUGAUGAUGAUGAUGAUGAUGAUGAUGAUGAUGAUGAUGAUGAUGAUGAUGAUGAUGAUGGCGACGGAUACCGUCGAUGCCUCGGAGCCUUGCUCCUGCUCCGCCAUCGGUGAGUUGUAGGUGGUGGUGGUGCUGCGUGAGGUGAUUGGACUCAUGGUCAUGUCGGCACUGGUGGUGCUGCCUGUCGUGCUGGAACUUUUGGCUGUGGUGCUGCCUACUGUAGCGGAGCUCGUGGCAGUCUCGGUGGUGGUGCUUCGUGAGGUGGUAGAGUUUGUGGCCGUCUCGGCGGCGGUACUGCCUGACGUGGUGGAGUCCGUGGUUGUCUUGGUGGUGGCAGUGGUGACCCACGUGACGGUCGUGACGGAGCUCGUGAUCGUCCAAGUGCAGCUUGGUAACGUUGGGCAGUCUACCUGGCCCGACCAAACUUGCCAUCUGUCUUCCCAGUCGUCAUUCAUGGUUACUGCCAUCUCCACCUGAGCACACGUCACGUCGCCGCCACUUUCGGCCAAGUCUGGGUGGGACCAACUGCCCCCAAUCCAUGCCAGUUCUUCACUAUAAUAUCUGGCGAAUUCUAAAUUGUACUUAUUUGCUCCGUCAGAUGUCCAGGUGCAGGAACACUGGAACACCAGUGACGGUCUGGUGCUCUCGUCGAGGGCUUCGCGAGACCAAAAACUAGAGGCCCCCGCCCACAUCCAUUCUGCAACCAACGCAAACGAGAUAGUGUUCUUACCGGCGAGUUUCGCCUGUGGAACGGUGCAUGCGAACGCCUGCCCGAUUGGGUAUGCCUGAUAAUCGCAAACCUGCUCCUGCCAGCCGGGGUGGUUGGACCAAAUAGUGGUGCUUUCCGACCACUCGUUCUGCACCGUGAAAACGGCCACCUUUGGAAAGGUACCAGCAGGCUGGUCGGUCGACGGCCACAGCAGGAGCGUUGCAUCCUGAGCAUCGCAAGGAACGCUGAAUUGCAGGAACGAGUAUCGAGUGCCGCACGAGUAGUCGUGGUAGCGCUUGCUGACCAAACCCUGCAGGGUACCAUAAUUCGUUGAACUGCAAGACUUAACAUAGGUAUCCGCGAGUGGCCGCUCGACGGUUGUAGCCUGAGUCGGGCCUGCAAAAAACGCGGUGGCGAGUUUCACUAGCAUGCUCAUCAGCCCGAUCCGAACUUGUACGAAAUGAGGUCUGAAGGUAUCAAGGUGUGUGUGUGUGUGCAGUUUUCGGCGUUUGCCUUGGGCGGCAAACUUGAUCCGAAAAUGCCUUGAGCCAAAAUGGCU